UCCCGCUGUUCAAAGUUAAGCAGCAGCAGUUGCACAAGUUCCAGCAACACUCUUAGCUAGUCACUACCGAGCUGGAAGCCAGAAACGUCUGAGGAGGUGAAGAGGAAACUUCUCUCCGCCCUUCACCGUGGAAAUCCAGAUACCUCCCUCCCUACCCCUGGAUAAAUUUGAGAUAAGGUCCUGUAAUUCGCUUGCCUUGCAGACCAUGGCUCCUUUUGGAAGAAACUUGCUAAAGACUCGGCAUAAAAACAGAUCUCCAACUAAAGAGAUGGAUUCAGAAGAGAAGGAAAUUGUGGUUUGGGUUUGCCAAGAAGAAAAGAUUGUCUGUGGGUUAACCAAGCGCACCACCUCUGCUGAUGUCAUCCAAGCUUUGCUUGAGGAACACGAGACUACAUUUGGAGAGAAACGAUUUCUUCUGGGGAAGCCUAGUGAUUACUGCAUCAUAGAAAAGUGGAGAGGCUCAGAACGGGUUCUUCCUCCACUAACUAGAAUCUUAAGGCUUUGGAAAGCAUGGGGAGAUGAGCAGCCCAACAUGCAAUUUGUUUUGGUUAAAGCAGAUGCUUUUCUUCCAGUUCCUUUGUGGCGGACAGCUGAAACUAAAUUAGUGCAAAACACAGAAAAACAGUGGGAGCUCAGCCCAGCAAAUUACAUGAAGACAUUACCACCAGAUAAACAAAAGAGAAUAGUCAGAAAAACAUUCAGGAAACUGGCUAAAAUUAAGAAGGACACAGUUUCCCAAGAUCAAGAGAGUAUGGAGACAUUAGUUCAUCUGAUUAUUUCCCAGGACCAUACUAUUCAUCAGCAAGUCAGGAGAAUGAAAGAGCUGGAUCUGGAAAUUGAAAAGUGUGAAGCAAAAUUCCACUUCGAUCGUUUAGAAAAUGAUGGAGAAAAUUAUGUCCAGGAUGCAUAUUUAAUGCCCAGCUUCAGUGAUGUUGAGCAAAAACUAGACUUGCAGUAUGAUGAAAACCAGAUUCUGCAGGACCUGAGUGAAAGCGGUGGAAUUGUACAGCUGGAAGAACAACUAAAAUAUUACAGAAUGUUGAUUGAUAAACUCUCCAGCGAAAUUGAGAAAGAGGUGAAAAGUGUUUGUAUUGAGGUAAAUGAAGAUGCAGAAGGUGCGGCUGCAGGUGAACUGGAAAGCUCAAAUUUAGAAAGUGUUAAAUGUGAUUUGGACAAAAGCAUGAAAGCUGGUUUGAAAAUCCACUCUCACUUGAGUGGCAUCCAGAAAGAAAUUAAAUACAGUGACUCAUUGCUUCAGAUGAAAGCAGAAGAAUAUGAGCUCCUGGCCAAAGAGUUCAAUUUGCUUCACAUUAACAACCGAGACGGAUGCCAGCUAAAGGAAAACAGAGGGCAAGAAUCUGAGGUUCCCAACAGCAGUGGGGAGGCUCUUCCCUUUACUCGAAGAGUGCUUAAUGUGUAUACAAAUGACACAGACUCGGACACUGGGAUCAGCUCUAACCACAGUCAGGACUCAGAAACAAAUGUAGGAGACAUGGUGCUGUUGUCAACAUAAUUCGAGUGGUUACUUUCUGACCUACUUUAAUGUUGUUGAUGCCUGUUUAAUUUAAUAGGAAACUUUAUUUAAAAAUAUUACCUUCUGAAAAAAUAUAAAUCACAUUACUUAGUAGCUAAUAAAAACUAGCAAUAUAUGUAGUUAGUUUUUUAUGUGAAAUUUACAACAUGACCUUGAUUAUUACCAGCUCAAACAGUGAACUAUUUAUUAGGAAUGUAGCAAAAAUAACUUGUAGGAGUAUAAGAGAAAUAAUUUGUUGGAAUUAUAUUAUAAUUGUCCUUAGCUUCUAUGAGAAAUGAUGUAUGCAAACUGAAAUUAAUUCUUUAUAUUAGUCAAAAUAUUGAAACUGUGUAUACAUGAAUAAGUAAACUUAAAAUGCUGUAACUUUCUUUCAUCGCUGUUAUCAUUGGAAUUUUUAAAUCUGUAAAGUAUAUGACAGCUGUUAUGUUGUUACUGCUUGAAUCUAAAUCUUUGUUCUUUUAACUGAUACCAAGAAUUUACAACAUAUCAUGUCUGUCACUCUCUGUACCCCUCUACCUAUUUAGUCCUCUAUGACUGGAGGUGAGAAAGGCUGUGUUGGAAAAUGUAUCUAUAUUGACAGUGGAUCAGUCUGAAGAAUGGAUGAGAAAAGGACAAGCAUUGCAUAAAAACAGCAAUUCUAAAGGAGCCUAAAGUUAUUGAGACAGGUUUUUCUCCUUCUCACUAUGCAAAUCUUCUGAUCAAAUCAGUGGCCUGUGCAGGUUCAUUCUUUGAAUGAGGCAUAGCAUAGUUUAUAGAGGAAAUCACAGGGUAGGAGUGUUUGUUUAUGUCCUAUCUACAAAAGUACAAAGGAUGCACUUUGGGGUCUUUUGUGUGAGCAAAAGAAAGAGAGUUCUUUAUGUCAUAAGUAUGGGCAUUUAAUUAGUCUCAGAACAUCCAGAGAACUCACAUGGAAAUAAAACUUUAUUCUAUGAUAAUUUGCUUCACAUUGUCUCCAUCCACAAUGCAAACUUAAAAACAAACAAAUAAACAAACAACCUAUUAGCUUCACCUGCAAACAUGCUAAUAAAAUAGUCUCUGAAGAAUCAAAAGGAUUUUUAGGUCUUACCUUGACUGACAGGCAUUAUAGUGCCAAACUGUGCUUGGCUUUGCUUGAUUUUUAAUUAGGAAGUUCAUUUGUUCCUUCCUUCUUCACCUUCUCCCCACUUUCCUUCUUCACUCCCUUUCUACAUUUUCUUCCCAUCAUGUCCCCUUUUCCUCUCCCUUCCUCCCUUUCAUCCUUCCUUCUUGCCAGUGAACACAUUAUACAAUCAUAUUGAAAACAAUAUGAUCAUUUUAUUGUACUGUUAACUGAACACUGCUGCAGAUCAUUUUUUUUUCUUAGAUGACAUCUUUCCUGUAUGUCAAUGCACAUGUAAGUAGAGAUAUUAUUUUACUUAGUUUUGAUAUGAGGAAAUUAGUUGAUUCUAAGUGUUUCUCAUUUCUUCCCUUUCAUUCUUUUGCAUACUGUACUGUAUGUUUUUAACUUAGCUUUCCUAGCUAUUCUUUCAUUCAUCUCCUUCCCCCACCUUUAUCUUUUCUCCCAUCUUUGCGAAGAUACUUAUAAUUUUCUUGGUGUUUCACUUUUAGGCACAGCUUUCUAUGUUAUUUUUUAUACCAAGAUAAUGCUGCAGGCUAAUGAAAAUUAUUUGAAGUUGGCUGGAAAGACAAGAGGGAAUUUCCAUACUUGGGAAGUAUGGUGAUAAAGGAUAAUAAUACUAACAUAGGUUUAAUCAAAAAUAAAUUAGGAAGGGAACUGAAUAAUCAUCUGUAAAAGCCAAGUUUCCCUCCCUAACAGCCCAUCAAAGCAUUCAUCAAUACGGUAAGUCAUUGGCAUAUUUAUUGCUCACUCCUAGGGAUUAAAUUCAGAAGAUCUUCAAAUUUACAAGCUAAUUAUAAUGCUGUCUUUUGGGGUACUCUUAUCUUUAGUGAGAAAGUAAUGACAAAGAAUAUUGUUUAUCUGCUUAUGUAAUUCAAUUAUUUCUCUGAAUUCAGGGGAAGUUCUGAUAAGAAAUAAGGACUAGGGAGAUAAUUUCAUUUCAGAAACUUUGAAUUACCUUCUGUUUUAAAACAGUUAAGCACAGUGAUAGAUUCUAAGAUUUAAUUAUUCUAUAUUUUUACAGUAAGUAAUGUUUAAAACUUUGGCAAAAAGCAGGACCAAUGUUUCUAAAAUUCAUUUUAGAAUUUUUAUUUGCUAUUUAGUUAUACAAAUGCAUUUGCCCAUUUGACUAUUACAGUAUUAAAUAAUUCAUCAGUUAUAGUGAACCUCUAACUUAGAGUAAUAUAUUAAUACAAAUAGGAAUACUAAGAUACAAUGCCUUCACCUCAGGAACUGAGCUAUUCUUUGCUAAAUUAAGGGAGAAUUUGAGUUCUAGGAAUUGAUAGAAGCUUUAUUGUUCUAAUUUAUUUGUAGAAACUUUAAAAUAAAGUGCCUAUAAAUUUUUGAGUAACAUGACAGGUUAACUAACCUUGUGAAAUUGCUAUUUGCUAGAAGUAGCAAACUGAAGCUGACUGAUCUUCAUUUCUUUAAUGGGACCUAGAAUUUCAGAGACUGUGGCCUUAUUCAUCCUUCCACCAGGAAUGCCUCUUUUCUCCCCAUCUUCCAUACUCUGAGUUCCUACUAACUAUUCACUAUCUUCUUUGAAACAUUUAUUGUUCCAUUCAAACAGUUGUAAUCUCUAAUUGUCGUACUCACAACUAUUUUAGAAAUACUUUUCAUAGAAUAUUUUUAUAUGGGUUUAGUUUAUAUCUAUUUAUGAACAUAUUCCUCCCUUGACUCCAAUGGAAAAAUUCUCAAUUGCCUUUAUCAUCUAUUUUAACUUGACUUUCUCCAACAACCUCUUUGUCCCAACUCAGUUUUUUAAUUGAAUUGCUAAAUUUUAGAGGGUUGUAAUUUUUUUUUUUUUUGUAUUUCCAUAUGUGGUAAAUGAUGCUCAUACACUUUGUACAUAAAUAUACAUUUUAGCAGAUAUAAAACAUUAACAGUAAUUUUGCUUACAAAUUCUUUUUGGAGCAGCAUUAAAUCCUCACAUUAUCACAAAAAUUUUUAAUAUGGCAUCAGUUUGGGGAUUUGUAGACAAUCAUGCUACAUUUAUUUUAUAUUUAACUCAUAGAAUUACUAAUAUAAAGCCCCUCAAUGAUUAAAUUCUAGUAUUUUUCACUGAUCCUGUGCUUAUAAGAAAAAAAAAACAUUUUAUAGAGUCGUUUCAAGUUGCAAAGAUGCAAAAUAUGUUUGACUAUAUUCUAAAUUAAAUUUUUUUUCUUUUUUUAAUUAAAAAUGGAUACUGCAGUUUCUAGAAGCUGUUCUAAUCCAUUAAAACACAAUUUUUAUAUUUAUUUAAACAUUUGCUAUACAUGACAAACUAUAUGUCUGUGGCUGCAUUUUACAAUUUUUCAAAGUAGAAUUGUAAUCAUUUUAUUUUAAAAUGUAUUUUUCUAGUGACAAAGGAAUACCUUUUAAUCCAGAUAUAGUUUGCUUGUUUUGUUGUUUUUAAUAUUAGGCUAUUUCUUUUCAUAUUGCCUGGUUGGUUUAAUUAAACAAUGCGGCAGAUGCAAAUUAUAUAUAAUUUUUUCAAGUUCUAACAGAUCCAGAAUAAUAAAAGAAACAGUUGGACCAUUGCUUGUGAUAUGAUUUGUCUUUCUCAUUGUGUUACUUGGCUAUAUUAAAAAUAAAUUUUAGAUCAGUUGGAAUUAUGUAACUGCUGAGCUGACACAGUUUAUUUUAACAUCAAGUAUUAUUUCAUGACAGUAUAAAUAUAUAUUAAGCUCUAAUAAAACUUUUUAUGAGAUUUCUGAGUAUUUCUUCCAUUUGUCAUGAAUGAGUGUCUUAACUCACAUUAGAAGGUUGGUUUUUAUGGCCUGGUAUCUUGCUUUCUAGAAUAAAAUCCAUUGUAAUGUAAAAAUAUCCAAGCAAGUGUAAAUCUUCCUUACUAUAAUUCAGUUUGUCACUAUCCUUGGUUCCUCAAAACAGACCUUUAAUAUUCACUGUACUUAACUACUAAAUCAUAUGAAACACAAGGAAACUACUUUGCUCAUUCUGUAAACGACCAUGAUGUCACUCUAUUAAAAAGCUAUCUAUAAUGCUUGGUAACAACUCAUAUGAAUAAGUUAACAUUAUUUUCUUAGUCAAUAUAUCUAAAUAGCGAGAGUAAACAAUGUCCUUUUGCUAAUCUAGAAGUAAUUUGUGUUUUCACCAAAUGUUAAAAUUGAAAAUCGCGAUUUGUAAGUUCUAUAAUUAAUUGUCUCAUAUCAGAAAGUGAAAUUAGGAUGAUUCCCCUUGAUAAUUCAAACAAAAGGAUUCAACUAUCAUUUUUCUUAAAUAGAAAUGUCAAACACAUUUUUACAGGAGACUACUAAAUUUUUACUACAUUUCACAUUAAAUAAUAUCAAUGAAUUUAUUUAUUUUUAGGUGAAACAGGCACAUGAUAUGAAACACAUCAUUUAAAAUAAGUACACAGUGAAAAGGCAGUCUCCCUUCCAAUACUGCUGCCUAGUUACUCAGAUAUUCUCAGAAACACUGACUGUUAAGCCUUAUUUGUGAAUUCUUCUAUAAAUAAUCCACAUUAUUCAGUUAUAUAUGUGUAUAUAUAUAUUUACAUAUAAAUAUAUUUUCCCACGAAGCCUUGCUCACAAUGCACACUGUUUAGCACUUUGCUUUUCUCACAUAACAUUUCUCAUCUGAAACGUGGAUAUUCUGGAGAUGAUCCUAUAUUGUUCAUUUGGAAAUUCCUUAUUUAUGUUUGAUGGCAGCAGGAACGCCACUGUAUCAAUUAUAAUUUAUUUAUAGCCAGUCAUUUCCUGUUGAGUUUAGGUGGUUUCCAAUUCAUUUACUGUUAUAAACCAUGUUAUUCUAUCAGUGCAUUUCUGUGAAUCUAGAUUUCUAAAAGUGGAAUAGCUGGGUCAUAGGGUGACAAAUGCAUUUUUAAUUUUAAUAAAUAUUGCCACUUACGCUCCAUGAAAAUUAAUCCUUUAAAACCUGAGUUGGAAAUAUGCUCCUACCACCCACAGUGUAUGCUAUUUGCCUUUGCCUUUUUAAUUUAUUUAUUCUAUUGCAAAAAAAAAAAAAAUGUUAUAUUGUUAAAUUUAUGGAUUUUUCCUACUAAUGA